AUGAUAACUUGGCCUUAUCCUCUGGUUUUCGCCGCGCUCUUCUGCUGUGUGGAAGUGAUUUUAGCUCAGAUUAAAUAUUCGACUCCAGAGGAUGUUAAAGCGGGAGCUGUUAUUGGAAAUGUUGCCAAGGAUCUGGGGCUCGAUGUCGGUACACUGAAAAGCAGGCGUUUUCGUAUUGUGUCUGGAGCCCAGGGUACGCUGUUUGAGGUAAACCCGAACAAUGGGGCGUUGUAUGUACACGAAAAUGUGGACAGGGAACAGCUGUGCGAUAGAAAUGUUGCCUGUUUAUUAGAUCUAAAAAUUGUUGUUGAAAACCCCCUUGAAGUCCACUAUGUUACUGUUGAAAUAAUAGAUACUAACGACAAUAGACCCAGUUUUGCUGAGAAAGAGAAGGUAAUAGAAAUAGCAGAGACCACACUGCCAGGAGCACGAUUUCAGUUACCAGGCGCUCGUGACCGAGAUGUUGGAGUAAAUGCGGUGCAGCUUUAUAAACUCAGUCAAAACGAUCAUUUUCAUCUUGAAAUUCGAGACAGAGGGGAAGAUAAAAUCCCUUUCCUUGUACUGCAGAGAAACUUGGACAGAGAGCGGAAAACAAACCAUAGCUUGAUUUUAACCGCUAUGGAUGGGGGGACGCCGCCAAAAUACGCAAAUCUGAGCCUUAAUAUAAAGGUUCUUGAUAUCAACGAUAACAGACCAGUAUUUUCUCAAGAGGUUUAUUCCGUUACAUUGCAAGAAAAUGCCCCAUUAGACAAGACUAUAAUCAAAGUCCAAGCAACAGAUCUAGACGAGGGUAUUAACGGGGACGUCGAGUAUACUUUUGGGGGUGAUAUUACUUCCAGUGUGUUGCGACUAUUUACUUUAGACAGACUCACGGGAGAAAUUCGAGUUAUCGGAGAAAUUGAUUAUGAGACAGCCAAUGUUUACAAUUUAGAUGUCCAAGCCUCAGACAAAGGUCAGCCGCCAAUGACGACUGACUGUAGAAUUAUAAUAAAGAUUCAAGAUGUCAAUGACAAUAAACCAGAAAUAGAAGUGACUUCAAUAUCCAGCAUGGUCCCCGAGGACUCAAAACAGGGUACCGUGGUCGCUCUCAUUACUGUUACAGACGCUGAUUCUGGUUUAAAUAGCAAAGUCAUAUGUCAUCUAACAGAAAAUGUGCCAUUUGAAUUAAAACCGUCAUUUAAAGAAAACAUGUACUCGUUAGUAACAAAAGAAUCACUAGAUAGGGAAACUGUGUCACAUUAUGACAUUUCAAUAACAGCUACAGACUGUGGUGAGCCGCCUCUUUCCACCUUUAAAAAGUUGAUCAUUCAGGUGUCAGAUGUGAACGAUAAUUUUCCGGAGUUCUCACAUAAUCCACUAGAAUUAUACUUGACGGAAAAUAACGCGGCUGGCGUGUCAAUAUUCUCUGUCAGUGCAUUUGAUAAAGACUGCAACGAAAAUGCAGCAGUGUCCUAUCAUAUACUCAGGGGGGGAGCUGGCCGCAAUGUUAUGGCAUCCAUUGUGAAUAUACAUCCCGACAGCGGACAAAUCACCGCGCUGAAAAGUUUUGACUUUGAAACGCUGAAAACUUUCCAGUUCCAAGUUGUUGCCUCAGAUUCUGGAACUCCGUCAUUAAGCAACAACGUCACAGUCAACGUCUUCAUCCUGGAUCAGAACGACAACGCUCCAGUCAUCCUGUAUCCACUCAGCUCCAAUGGUUCUGCUCAAGGUGUGGAGGAGAUUCCCCGAAACGUCAACGCAGGACACUUGGUGACUAAAGUCAGAGCCUAUGACGCUGAUAUAGGAUAUAACGGCUGGUUGCUCUUUUCACUGCAGGAAGUGACUGACCACAGUCUCUUUGCUUUGGACCGCUAUACAGGACAGAUCAGAACACUUCGCUCAUUCACAGAGACUGACGAGGCUGAGCAUAAACUGGUAAUACUGGUCAAAGACAACGGCAACGUUUCUCUCUCAGCAACAGCUACUGUGAUUGUCAAACUUGUGGAGCCCAAAGAGGCUUUUGCAUCUUCUGAUGUUAAAAGUGCGACAAAAGAUGAUGAGGACAGUAAUGUCAUAUUUUACCUCAUGAUAACUUUGGGCGCAGUUUCUGUACUUUUUCUCGUCAGCAUCAUCGUGCUGAUUGCAAUGCAGUGCUCCAAAUCCACAGACUAUACUUCUAAAUAUCUGCCAGAGACUAAUUAUGAUGGGACACUGUGUCACAGCAUCCAGUACAGAUCAGGAGAGAAGCGGUACAUGCUAGUUGGACCCAGAAUGAGUAUAGGAUCUACUAUAGUACCAGGAAGCCAUGCAAAUACUCUCGUGCUUCCUGAUAGGAGACGUCCUUCUGAAGAGUUCCAAGUUGUUGCCUCAGAUUCUGGAACUCCGCCACUAAGCAACAACGUCACAGUCAACGUCUUCAUCCUGGAUAAGAACGACAACGCUCCAGUCAUCCUGUAUCCACUCAGCUCCAACGGCUCUGCUCAAGGUGUGGAGGAGAUUCCCCGAAACGUCAACGCAGGACACUUGGUGACUAAAGUCAGAGCCUAUGACGCUGAUAUAGGAUAUAACGGCUGGUUGCUCUUUUCCCUCCAGGAAGUUACUGACCACAGUCUCUUUGCUUUGGACCGCUAUACAGGACAGAUCAGAACACUUCGCUCAUUCACAGAGACAGACGAGGCUGAGCAUAAACUGCAUCCAGUACAGAUCAGGAGAGAAGCGGUACAUGCUAGUUGGACCCAGAAUGAGUAUAGGAUCUACCAUAGUCCCGGGAAGUCAUGCAAAUACUCUAGUGCUUCCUGACAGGAGACAUCGCUCUGAAGAGGGCUUUUGUUUCAGAUUGAGGAGGGGAAAUCGCAUAUUAAAACCAAAC